AUGCGCUCGUUUCAACUUCUCUCUUCGUUCUGUUCAUUCGCCUCGCUGGCUCGAGCUACAGUCAUUGGCAACUCCCACGCUAAUGGCCUUGUAUCGCCUUCGGACUCUGAACAAGCACUUAGUACACGAGAACAUAGCGACUGUCGGCCCUUUAGCUUGACCUUCUCUCAGAAUGACUUCCUCGCACCAACUCCCUACAGUGACGCCCCUUUUGUUGGCGUCAGCCACCCAGGUACAUACGAAACAACAAACGAUGGCUUACAACUGUACCUCAAGAAACCCCAAGGCCAUAUCACUAAACACGGAAAUGUCAACAGCGAAGUUGGAGAAGGUGCCACCGUUAACUCUACUUUUACUAUUCUCUACGGAAAGGUUACAUUCGUAAUGAAAGCGCCUCUGGUGGCAGGCGCUGUUACUGCUGCGAUUCUCAUAUCGGAUGGACGUGACGAAAUUGAUGUCGAACUUCUCGGCGGCGACCCUCGCCAUUGGCAGACAAAUGUAUACGCGCCCAGCUCUCACGACAAAGAACCUCUCUGGGGUGUAUUCGGAGAAAUCGAAGACGUGCCCUCACGCUUGCCAUUGAUUUCUAGUUAUCACAACUAUACGAUUGACUGGACCUCAGAACGUAUCGUCUGGUCCGUCGACGGACAUGAAGUCCGCACUUUGAAACCUAGCCGAACGAAGAUCAACGGAACAGAACACUAUCCUACUCAGCCGGCCCGAAUUCAGCUAGGAAUAUGGGACGCUUCAAGUCCGGAAGGUACUAGUGAAUGGGCUAAAGGCCCGAUAAACUGGGACAGAACGCCUUCCACGAUAUCUGCGACAGUGAAGAGCAUCCGAAUUGAAUGUAGCUAA